CCACACUGAAUAACACAGCACGACCUAAAAGCAGGAAGUACGUUAUUGUAUCAUCAAAUCCAAACCACAUGCAGCCGAAACAGAAAAACAAAGCCUACAACAUUUUAUUUUGCGCAGAUGUGGAUUUUUUGAUGUACUGCUGAGGCGAGCAGCCGAAACCUGUAAUCUACACAUCGCGUGGACGCGUUUGGACAAACAGGAGCAUGGGGCAGCAUCUUGGAAAACGUGAGCCACUUACUGUUCCCAAGGGAUCCUCAACAGUAUCUGAACGCAUCCCAACAGACUCACCGGAGUCACAAGAUGAGGUAUUUGGACUGGGGGAGGCGGACCUCAACCAGAACAAUGGGUGCUCCAGCAAGAGUCCAGUGGUGACUGACUCCGUGAAUGCUGCAGUAGAUCACAGCAGCUUUAACCAUCCGCACACAGCCGACCCUGAUGCCUCGGGGCCCCGCCCACACUUGGUCCGCCUCUUUUCUCGAGAUGCCCCAGGUCGCGAGGACAACACCUUCAAAGACCGCCCCUCGGAGUCUGAUGAGCUGCAGACCAUCCAGGAGCACGGCGGAUCUGGCUCAGAGUGCGGUUCCGAGUGUGCAGAGCAGGACCUAAAUUAGAUUUCCUCUUUGCCUACUCUUUCCUCAUUCCUAUUUUGGAAAAAAAACACCGCUGCAAAUAUUAAAGCAAACACUCAGCAUGGCAUCUGCAAGCUCUUCACAGUCAACAUUCAGGCUGGGCCGCAGUAAGAAGAACCCAACUGUUAUGGAUCAGAUUGGAAAGUUCUUUGGAGGGGAUAAAAAGAAGAAGGGAAAGGUGAGGAUUGAGCAGGCAUUCAGAGUUCUCCACAUGAGCCUUUACUACUGUUCUAUUUGCUUGAAUUUAUCUUGACCUGCAAUUAUUUUUUGAUUAUGAGAUCACCACCAGUAAAUUGAGUUUUCUUUCUCUCUUUAUCUCUAAGUUUAUUACACGCUAAACCUGCUGUCAUAUAGUAUCCAGUAUUGAAUACAGCUGCAAUUUGAUUUGUUUUAGGAAUUUACUGUGAUUCAGGGAUUCAGCAUACAGUGUGACGUUUAUAAACAUGACUUUUAGCUUUUAUAAAAUGUACAAAUGUAUUCGAAAUGCCUGUGUAGGGAACAAAACUAAGUGUUUUUACGACUUUUCAGCAUUUCUGUUGCUGUCAGUGAAAAGUUCUGUACUAAACAGAAAAGAUGGUACCUAUAGCUUAUUGUACAAUGAGUUGUACUAAGUCUCAACCAGGAUGUUUAUGUUGGCAGAGAGAAUUUUCACAUAUCUAUGACUUUUUCUUAUACAGUAUGUGACCGAUGAAUAUUAUAUAUUUUAUAGCCAUUUUAGAAUCCAGUUAUCUUACAACAUCAUGGUGUUAAGGGAGCACCUCAGGGUUUUUCAUGGUACAGCUGAGGCCAUUACCGAUCAGUUCGGUUUCUGAAAUGAAUUUGCAUAGUUUUGGAAAUGAUCUUUAACAUUUGUUAUGCUUGUGAAAUUAUGCAAUUUCUAGAGCCUUAACUUUUAAGAAAAGAGAAAGGUAAAUAUUUUUCUUCUAAAAUAAAGAUAUUUAAGCUGUUAGGUGACAAACACCAAAGUUGGGAAACUUCUUUGCUUUGUGGGAAAAUAUGAAAUGAGAUCUUGUUUAUAUUUGUGACCUUAUUUUUAAAGUGCCAUAUGAUGGUUAAAAUGUAACGCUGCAGAAUUACUGACUUGUGCAGCGUGUAACAUUUUGAUGAACUAGUUUUAAUUUUGUGGGGAAAAAAAAUGUUAAAUAAUGUGACAAGAGAUUGAGAUGUCAUAGUUCCAGCUGUAUAAUAGUUUUGUUGCAGCUUCAGCCAGAUUUCUCAAACAUGCCUCAGGUUAACUCCUCUCUCCUAUGUAUUAAUGUGAUCCUUAAGUGUUAAUCCCUCACUAGUAACCCCUAUAGAUUGUGUCCCAUUUGUAACACUUUGUAACAACAACAGCAUGUGUAACCGACAUAUUCUAGAACAACCCUGAAGCUGUUCCUUAGGCUGAUCCUGUCCUGAGCUUUUUGACAUUUGCUUGAUUAAAAUAUAUCUAACAACAUGAA